AUGAUCCUCUCCACAGCUUUCAGCGACAUCUCAGUAGAGACAAAAUCUGGUUCUACAUGUUUGCCCACAAAUUCAACACAGCAAUCCCAUAUUAGUAACACUAUCCCAGUGCCUGAUUCAGGGAUUUACAUAUCAAAUUACAUCGAUCAUGGGCAAAGAUCAACGGGUCGUGCCACAGUUUUGACAGGCGACGGAGGGAAGGACAAGCGUUGGAGGUGGAAGGGCGUCGGGAAUUUGGAAGUCGACCGGCGUUGGAAAUGUCUCUUGCAGAGGCUGGGAGAUGUGGGUUUAGAGGGAGAAGUGAAAAUGAACAAGGCUGGGGAACGGGAACGAGGCAGUUAUAUUGGUCUGGAUUCGAAGAUUGAUGGUGAUAAAGUUGGUGGGGUAGGUAUUAUUAGCAUGGAGGCUGCCGACCUUAGCGGCAACGAGGAUGACAUAGUAGGGCUUGUGGGCGGCGAAUAA